GGUUUUCAUUUCUCCGGCUCCCUCCUCCCCUCCGGUCGCGCGCGCUGCCUCGCUCCUUCCUUCCCAUCCCGGGCGAGCGAGCGAGCUGUUUCCGGGUCAAUGCAGGACGCGGCCGCCGGACGGGGAGCCUAAAAAGCGGUGGGGCCCGGGAAUUACAUGGAUGUGUGAUCUUUUCCCUCCCGGAAAAAUACAAUGAAGGGCUAAGAAGAUUCCCAGAAACUCAUACAUGUAACUCCCGAGAGAGCUAAUGCUGAAACUAAAACAUAACCAUCUUGUCAUUUCUGGAAGGGACAAUGGAUCAGCCCAGUGGGAGAAGUUUCAUGCAAGUUCUUUGUGAAAAAUACAGCCCGGAAAACUUCCCUUAUCGUCGUGGUCCCGGAAUGGGCGUGCAUGUCCCAGCUACACCUAAGGGUUCACCUAUGAAAGACCGCCUCAACCUGCCAAGCGUGCUGGUGUUGAACAGCUGUGGGAUCACCUGUGCAGGAGACGAGAGAGAGAUAGCUGCCUUCUGUGCUCACGUAUCUGAACUGGAUCUUUCUGACAACAAAUUAGAAGACUGGCACGAGGUCAGUAAAAUUGUGUCCAAUGUCCCUCACUUGGCGUUUCUGAACCUGAGUUCCAAUCCUCUGAAUUUGUCAGUUUUAGAAAGGAAAUGUGCUGGAUCUUUCUCUGGUGUUCGCAAACUUGUGCUCAACAACAGCAAAGCUUCCUGGGAAACAGUCCACACUAUACUGCAAGAAUUGCCUGACUUGGAGGAACUUUUCCUGUGCCUUAACGACUAUAAUACAGUGUCUUGUUCUCCAGCUUGUUGUAAUUCCCUCAAAUUGCUCCACAUAACUGACAAUAAUCUCAAAGACUGGACUGAGAUCCGGAAGCUGGGGAUCAUGUUUCCAUCACUAGAUACUUUGGUUCUGGCCAAUAACAGUCUGUCAACCAUUGAAGACUCCGAUGAUUCCCUGGCAAGGCUGUUCCCGAACUUGCGAUCCAUCAGUCUGCACAAGUCAGGUCUGCAUUCCUGGGAAGAUGUUGACAAACUGAAUUCUUUCCCCAAGCUUGAGGAAGUGAGGUUGCUGGGAAUCCCUCUCCUUCAGUCGUACACCAAUGAGGAGCGGAGGAAGCUGGUAAUAGCCAGGCUACCAUCCAUCACCAAGCUGAACGGAAGUGUCAUAAUGGAAGGAGAACGAGAAGACUCUGAGAGGUUUUUCAUCCGCUAUUACAUUGACUUUCCACAGGAAGAAGCUCCUUUCAGGUACCAGGAACUAGUGACUAAAUACGGGAAGCUGGAAAAGCUGGCGGUGGUCGACCUGAGGCCUCAGAGCAAGGCCAAAGUCGAAGUCCACUUCAAAGACCAAGUGAAGGAGAUGACCAUCCGCUUAGAUCAGACGGUGGCGGAGCUGAAGAAAGAACUGAAAACGGUGGUCCAGCUGCCCAUCAGCAGCAUGCUGGUCACUUACUUCGACAACGAAGAUCCAUUUGGCCCCGAAGAGCUGAAGUACAACUCGAGGGCCCUGCAUUCCUACGGCAUCCGGGAUGGAGACAAGAUCUACGUGGACUCCAAAGCCAAGUAGCCUCUCUUGCUUCCAGAAGGCCUGCUCCAGAGUGCGCACCCGCCUGCCCCCACGUAACGGCCAUCAAGGGACUUUUCUGACGGGAGGUGUUUCAUUUGGGUUCCUUUGGUUGAGAUUUGGUGUUUUAGAAGUGCGCCCGAUCACUUCUCUAGCCCAGGUUAAGCAGGUGUCAGAUCUGUGAGAUAAAAGCACCAGGAUUCAGCGCUUAGAUGAUGACAAGACUAUCGAGCGGGUGUGCUGUUUCCCUUUGGUCUCUCCCAGCUGCUUCAGUAUACUUGUGAACGUAGCACCACAGGCCGGCUUCAAAACUCGGAGGUUAUUAACAAGCCACUCAGCCAGGGUGAAUUCAGCUUUCCGGCACGCAUAAGCGUAAGGUACGUGUGAAAAAAAAAAAGAUUCUGUGCAGCUCUUGUUCCCGUGGCACUUGGACUCCAAUUACAAACGGCUGCACUGCUCUCCCUUCACCUGGGUUAGUCUGUCAUUUCUUUCUUCCUGGGGGGGGCUUUUUUUUGGAAGGAAAGGGUUCUUCAGGAUAUGGGCCUGGGGGACUGUCCGGCAGCAUUCUGGAUUUCAGAUAGCUGAAGGAGAUAACACACACAUAGAGACACAAACACACACACACAGCUUCCAAAGCACAGUAAUAAAGACACACUACAAAACUGCAUUCGUUUAGAUCAGGGGUCUCCAACCUUGGCAACUUUAAGGAGACCCCUGUUUUAGUUAACCCUUCUGGUUUGCCAGUUCUCCAAGGUAGCAUAGAUAAACUUAUUUCUGCACAGGGCACAUCGGAAGUGAAAUGGGUGGCAUUUUGACAUACAGCCAAAGCAGGGCAGCUAAGCAGAACAACGGAUGGAUCUGUUUGAUAAAAGUCAUUGCCUGAUUGGCUGCUGAAGGAAAUUCCUUUCAUUCGACAGUUCGCUAAAAGAUCACGAAUCCUU